UACUCCACAGUACUCUCCUUUCUCUUCGAGUAGAACUCCAUAGAGAUGGGGAGAGCACCUUGUUGUGAAAAGUUGGGGUUGAAGAGAGGGAGAUGGACGGCUGAAGAAGAUGAAAUCUUGACCAACUACAUCCAUGCCAAAGGUGAAGGCUCUUGGAGGACUUUGCCCAAGAAUGCUGGUUUGUUAAGGUGUGGGAAGAGCUGCAGACUGAGGUGGAUAAAUUAUCUGAGGGAAGACUUGAAGAGAGGAAACAUCACGGCUGAAGAGGAACAGACCAUUGUUAAUUUGCAUAGUGCUUUGGGUAAUAGAUGGUCUUUGAUAGCUGCGCAUUUACCAGGAAGAACUGAUAAUGAGAUAAAGAACUACUGGAACACUCACUUAAGCAGAAAGCUUUACAACUUCAUCAGGGCUGAAAAUGAAGCACCGUUGCCGGCCUCCGUUAUCACGGUGGCUGCUGAUCAACGCAAGCGAAGAGGCGGCGGACGUGGUGGAGUGAGAAGACCAGCGAUGAAAAGGCAAAAGAAGACAACCUCAAAUAUUGUCGUCGAAUUCAUGUCCUCAUUAAAUCCUGAGAGCACCACCACAAGUGACGUUGUUGAACCUUCAACAUCCAAAGAAAAAGAACGUCUACCUGGCUCUUGUCUAGACAAUACAAUGAGGAUGUUUGGGGCUUGUGAUGAGGGCAAAAGUGUAGGGUUAUGCCCUAAUAAAGAGAGUGCCAGCAGUGCAGUUGUUUUAUGUCCCACAGAGAAGAGAGAGAAUGAGUCGAUGGGACCAUAUGACUGGCUAGAUGGUGAAAUGAUGCGACUCAGCUAUAUUCUUGAUGGUCGGGUGGUGAAUCCAAGUGGUAAUGGGGUCGUGGGUGUUAAUGAGGCCGUGGGAACAGAGAAAGAGACAGCAAGUGAAAGGGAGAGCAGUAGUUUGAGCUCGAAUGCAGCAGAUGGGGAGUUGCACAAUUGCUCUUCAUCAAUUACUUCGGUCUUUGAUGAUGAAUGGCUUGAUUGGAAUUGGGUUAAUGGUGGUGUUGAAUGUCAUCAUCAAUGGGAAUUAUGGAAUGAAGGAGACAACACCUUUUCUCGUUUAUGGGGAGCUGAAAAGAUUGAGGAAGAAUAGUGUCAUUAGGCCACACACAAAAAAAUAAAAAAAAAUGUGGAAGAAAGAUUAUUUUAAUUGUAGCAUGCAGUUGGAUAUGAAACUAUUAUUAUUUUUUAAUAAGUAAGUGGCCUUAAUGGGAGAUUCAAACUAGUGACCUUCGCUUUAUAAAGCGUAGUCUCUAGCCAAUGAACUAACCCGGCCAUGGGGUUGAAUAUA